CAUUCGUUUUGACAUUUGUUAAUGAUUUGGGAAUGGAUUGUUCAUUGGGUUUUUAUCAUCUAUAAGCAAAAUAAACUGAACCUGUGAGUGAUAGCAAGGAAAAAACUAACGAUGGCUGUCUAUGUGACUAAGGCUAUGUUAGCUAAGUUUAACAACAAAAUUGAAUGCCCUUACUUGCCCGUGAAGGAAGACGAAACAUUUCGUAGUGAUAGUCAUUGGCAUAGCAUUUCAAUGGAUAGUGGAUCAUUAUCGAGAGGGUCAAUUUGCCGAGUAUGUGGUAAAUAUGGUGAUAGACCUUUAAGUGAAAAGAUUAAUGGAUAUGAUAUUAUGAGUGCCAUCUGCAGUAUAACCAAUGUUACAAUAAGUCCUGAUGAUUCACUUCCAAAAUAUAUCUGCCAGGAUUGUCAUGAAGCUUUGAAAAUUGCAAUGAAUUUUAAAAAUACAUGUGAGAUGGCUGAUCGUAAGUUCAGAAGAAUAUUGUAUCCCAUGGGUGAUCCAUCUUUCCAUUCAUAUCCAUAUUCCAAGCAUGAUUUCCAAAUGAUUUUACAUCAUAUGAAAUUAAAACAAAUGGAAAUCGAAGAGCAAAAAGAAAGAUUACGACAGAAAAAACUGGAUAUUAUAGAGCAAAAAAAAGCCCCUAAAGUGAAGCAAUUUAAUUGUUCUCCAUGUGAUAUGACUUUCCCAAAUAAGGAAAAAUUGGUGGCACAUCGUCGAGAGCGACAAUGUAUGCGGCGAGCCUGCGACAUUUGUGGACAGUUGGUGCUCAGCAUUGGGCAGCACAAGCGGCAUAUACACAAGCAAAAUGUGACUCACAAAUGUCCCACUUGUGGGAAGGAAUUUCCAAUUAUUGCACGGCUAAAGAAUCACAUGCUUAUCCAUACAAACACAUUCAACUUCUUCUGCGACCUGUGCCCAUACAAGUGCAAGCACAAGUACUACCUGGUGAUGCACAUGCGUACCCAUACCGGUGAGAAGCCCUAUAAGUGCAAUCAGUGUACCGCCACAUUUGUCAACCCUUCAAAUCUUAAUAAACACAAGCUCACACACCAAGAGAAACAGUUCAAGUGUGGAAUGUGUGAGAAGGCUUUCCGAACAAACACAGCACUUCGGGAACACCACGACGCUACGCAUAUGAACAUAAAACACGCGUGCAAUUACUGUGGUCGGGACUUCUGCUAUAAAUCUGAUCUACGUAAACACGAGAUACGCAACCACAAUCGUAUAAAACGCGACUAUGUAGGCGGCGAACCGACCUACAAACAAGUUGAGAGACUGCAAAAAAUGCAAGAUGUCGGUAAUUCUAUUGAGAAAUGGCGCACCGAGGAGAUAAUAUUGCAGCAGCCGCAAAUAGUGCAAACUACUUACAUCGAUCACAACAAAGAGUUCCUGCCGUCUACUCAUUCAAUGUAUUUUUCUGACGUCACUGGAAUGAUACAUCAGCAGCCACAGUUAGUUCAACAACAGACUGUUCAACUAACUCUCCCCGAUCUGGAAAUGAAGAAGGACGAAGUGAAGAUUUACGAAACGCAGCAGGGGAUGGGAUAUUUUUAGUUGUUAGUUAUGAGUUCCUAGGUUAUACUUUAUUAUGAAUAAUUAUCAUUAUAUUUUCAAGUGGUAGAGUACAGUGUAGUUAUUGAUAUAU